AUGAAUAAUAAUGACAGGCAUUCAGCGACACAAGCACUUAUACAAAAAUACUAUGAUUAUAUGUUAGGACUCCCCACUCCAACAACCACAGCAGCAGCCAAUAAUACUAUUAAUGGGGAAGAAACAGAAGAAGAAAAAGAUCAGAUUAGAGAUGAUGAUAUUGAUAACUCUUUGUUAAGACAGAGGUUUAUUUCUAAUUUGAUACGACAUACUCGUUCUAGACAUACUACUGCAUUAGAUGAAACCGAUGCGGAGACAGACACUGAGAGAGGUAUUAUUAGUAAAUAUAAUAAGACCAACAGUGGGAAUAUCGUAAAAAUUAAUGUUAGAGAUGAUUCAGUUAAUGACGAUGUGGAUUCUGAUGAAGAAUCUAAUUUAUCUUUAUUAGAUAAAAUGAAAAACGUUUUAUAUGCAAUAUUUGUUGGAGAUUAUGAAAAGGAUGUAUUAAUUGAACGUGUUAGUUUACAAAAGAAACAUGCAAUGACGUUUGAUGAUUGGAGAAAAGCUGCUUUAGAAUUGGAUACUUUAACAAAUAAAACAGAUUGGAAAAAGAAAAAGGAUUCAACUCUCUAUGAUUAUCAAUUAAUUGAAGAUGUUACAUUAAAAUUAAGAGAAUCAAGGAUUAAUAAAGAUUAUGCACAAUUAUUAUAUAUCAUUAGAACAAAUUGGGUACGAAAUUUAGGUAAUAUGGGUAAUGUUAAUCUUUAUAGACAUUCUUAUGUUGGUACAAAAUAUUUAAUUGAUGAUUAUAUUGAAGAAUCAAAGCUUUCAUUAAAUGCUUUAGUGACAGAAUCUGAUUUGGAUGAUAGAUAUUUAAUGGGUAUAUUACAACAAACGAGAAGAAAUAUUGGUAGAACUGCUUUAGUGUUAAGUGGUGGUGGUACAUUUGGUAUGUUUCAUAUUGGUUUAUUAGCAACAUUAUUUGAAUUGGAUUUAUUACCCCGUGUUAUCAGUGGUAGUUCUGCAGGUGCCAUUGUAGCUAGUAUAUUAACUGUUCAUCAUAAAGAAGAAAUUCCUGCUUUAUUAGAUCAUAUCCUUGAUAUGGAAUUUAAUAUAUUUAAAGAUGAUGAUGAAAAAUCUGAAAGUGAAAAUUUUUUAAUUAAAUUUCAAAGAUUUUUCAAAAAUGGUACCUGGUUUGAUAAUAAACAUUUAAUCAAUACAAUGAUUCAAUUUUUAGGUGAUUUAACCUUUAGGGAAGCUUAUAAUAGAACAGGGAAAAUUUUAAAUAUUACUGUUUCACCUGAUACUUUAUUUGAACAACCAAGAUUAUUAAAUAAUUUAACAGCUCCAAAUGUUUUAAUUUGGUCAGCUGUUUGUGCAUCGUGUUCUUUACCCGGUAUUUUCCCAUCAAGUCCUCUAUAUGAAAAGGAUCCAAAGACAGGUAAACAAAAACCUUGGUCUGGUUCAAGCUCGGUUAAAUUUGUCGAUGGGUCAGUGGAUAAUGAUUUACCAAUAUCCAGAUUAUCUGAAAUGUUCAAUGUUGAUCAUAUUAUUGCAUGUCAAGUCAACAUCCAUGUUUUCCCAUUUUUAAAAUUAUCAUUAUCAUGUGUUGGUGGAGAAAUUGAAGAUGAAUUUAGUGCUAGAUUGAAAAGAAAUUUAACUAAAAUGUAUAAUUUUAUGGCUGAUGAAAUGAUUCAUUUAUUUGAAAUUGGUUGUGAAAUGGGAAUUGCUAAAAACACAUUGACAAGACUAAGGUCUGUUCUUUCACAACAAUAUUCUGGUGAUAUUACAAUAUUACCUGAAAUGAAUGCAUUGUUAAGAUUUAAACAAUUAUUAUCUAAUCCAACUAAAGAAUUUCUUUUAAGAGAAAUUACAAAUGGUGCAAGAGCCACUUGGAGAAAAAUUUCUAUUAUUCAAAAUCAUUGUGGACAAGAAUUCGCAUUGGAGAAAGCUAUAUCACAUUUAAGAGGUAGAAUUAUUGUCUCUUCGUCAAUUAGAAAUCCAUUACAAUUUAAUGAUACUCCAAUUGGAUUAAUUAAAGCUGCGCAAAAAUAUCAUACAAGAGAAAGAAAACAAAAGAUGUUAGAAUUUCCGACUGGGAACCUUGAUGAAAUCAUCGUUGAUAAUGAAGAUAUGCCGAUUGGAAAAGGACAAGAUGAAUCUUCAACGGAACAAAAUAGUAAAGAAUCAUCCAAAUCUGUUGCAAUAGAUAGUGAUGAAAAGAAUUCAACUCCAAUAGGUGGAGUCAAUUCGGAUUUAGAUGAUGAUAAUUUGGUUGACACAGAGUCUACAAACUCUUUAUUAGUCUUGAAGGACAAUGAAAAGAAAGAACAAUAUAAUACUGAUUUAAAGGAUGAAUAUAUGGGAAAUAAGAAUAAUAUUCAUUUGCGCCGUAAAUCAGAUACGGGAUCAAGACCAAGAAAUGGUAAAUCCUUAUCAUUUUCAAUUGCAUCUCCAUCGACACGUAGUCUCAGGACACCAACUAGAAGAACAAAUUCAAGUUACAAAGAUCAUACACACAAAGCUAGUACUGGACAUAUAUUCCCACCAAUAUUACAAAAAACUGAUACUACCGAUUAUGAAAGGAUAAAUACCGAUUUGAUUAAUGUACCAGAUGAUCGACCAUUAACUUUAACCCCCUCAGAAACAACACCUGCUAUCGAAGAAUUGCUAAACGAGUCUGAUACAACACCAACUAUAAGUCCAAAUAUGUUUGUUAACAAAGAAAAGGACACGUUUUAUAUAGAUUCGGAUACUGAGGAUAGAGAAGAUUUAGCAAAUUAUAGCAUUGCUUCAGAUAACAAAUUAUCAUAUGGCUAUGAUAAAAAUAACCUCAAAUCUGCAAGAAGAUAUAGUGAGGAUGAUAGAAUAAAAAAUAUUAAGAUGAGUCCCGGGAAAACUUCAACAAUGUUUAGACAAUCCUCUUUAGGUGUAAGAAGAAGCAGUACGGAAUCUCCUAAAGCAUUGAGAACGCAACCUCGGUCAUGUAGCGUGAGAAAUAUCGACGUAGAUGAUGGAAUCUCACCCCUUGCCAACGAAUCAAGCGACAAAGAAGGACAUAUUUGUUGA